AUGCUGGGGUUCUGGACUCGGACUUCCGCUUUCAUUUGCUGGAUUUUCUCCUUGUCUCAACAACACCGCUUGAACAACUGUGCGGCUUACAGCGGGGACGCGCUCCGAACAUGUCUCCUUUUCUGGGCGCACUUCCAGCCUCUGGCGGAUGUUUGGUCGUUGGAUGCCGCCAACUCCUUGUCAACAAAAGUGCGGCGCGUAGAACCCGAGCUUCUCCAGGAUGAGGCAGAGCUGAGGACGCCGGUGUCCGGAUUGCGUGAGCGCAUGAAGUCCACGGCCUGCUCCAACCUCGGCCCCACGCGUGAGGACAUUGACGAGCGCGAUGACCGGAAAGACACAAGGAGCGCAGGCACUGCAGCUCCUCUGUGCGCUUUCCUUCUUUUGAUGCAAAUGGCGUCGAUGUACGAAUACACUGCUGCAACAAAAGUGGGCAGCACCUGGCAGCAAGGCAGCGCGGUGCUCCAAACGCUACACUUGCGGCAGUUUGCUCGUGAGCCCAUGGCAGGAUUCCUGGCGAUGUUCCCACAGCUGUGCCAGUUCCUCACACAUUCCACUUGGUACGUGGAGAAGUUUGCCUGGAUGCUGGCUUUUUUGCCUUACCCCUCUGCCAGGAUGGUUGCCUUCUGCCUCUUCUUUGGCCUUCAUUUCGGUAUGAACCUCGCUUUGCGCGUGGGGAACUUCCAGCUUUUCGCUAUGAGCGGGUGGUUGGUGGCACUUCCGAGACCCUUCUUGGACCGAUUGGAGGCUCUGCUUCUGCGCCUCUGGCCCCAAGUGGGCCGUGCUCUGCAACGGGGCCCAAAGAGGCCUGCGAAGACACGGCCGCAGCAGUGGCUUUUCACGAUUCUUCAGCUGCUCGGCUUCGCGCUGAUGCUCGUGACCGUGGCGGAGGGAUGCAGAUUCCGAGGGGACAAAUGUUCCAUGCUCGGCGCCGCAAGGCUGGUGCCCAAAGCCGACGGGUGGCUGGCAAAGCUGGCAUUAAACCAGCGCUGGAACAUGUUUUCGCCCGACGCCCCGUUCAAAUCCCUUCGCGUGGAGCUUUUUGGGGUCCUCGAUGCGCCCAAGUGCCGAGGAGACCAGGACAGCUUCUGGCAUCACUGUCCGGUCGUCGAGCUCUGGUCGAGCAAAGGCUAUCCUUCGUUCACGGAGCAGAUCCCGACUCAGCUUCCCAACUGGGGCAAUAUGUCCAUGCCGGCUCCCAAGACCGUGGACUUUGCCACGAACCGCUGGAGGAAGCUGGUGGAGGACGUAGACCACAGCAUGGGACUCGGAGGGUAUUCUUGCCUGCAGUGGCGGGCUCAGAACCCGCGCCGAAAGCUCUUGGGAGUUUGGCUCGUACGAGCUCGCUCCCACAUGCCGCAAGAGCAGGAGACUCUCGUUGGUGCAUUCCGUCAUUGGUGUGAUGCCGAUGGAAAGGCCGUGAUCAAGAGCCUGCCGCGGCAGCCCUGGCUGAGCUGA